AUGCGUCCGACGGUGACCGCUUGCCGCCUCCCCGCUGUUUUUCUUUGCUCAUUGAGCCAUUCCAGCCCACGCAUCCUCGCGCUCCUCGGCAUUCCGCCGAACACCUGUCUAGGUCUACCUCUUACCACCGCCUCCAUGCCGCUGGCCAACCCCACGCCGCCCAAAUGGCCGAAGACCCUCACCGCAGACCACCUCCACCGCCUAGUUCGGGCCGAACGGGACCCUCGCCGCGCCCUUGCGAUCUUCGACGCUGCCACCGCCGCUUCCACUUCUGCGGCAGACCCCAUCACCCCGUCUCCGGCCACCGUCUCUCUCCUUACCUAUCGCCUCGCCUCCGCCGGCCACCUCCCCCUCGCCACCUCCCUUCUCUCCCGCUCACGCGGGGUCUUCCCCUCCGUUGCCGCCCUCGAGCCUCCCUUCCUCGGCCUCCUCCGCGCCUUCUCCCGCACGCACCGCCCGCUCGCCGCUCUCCACCUCUUCCGCUCCGCCCCCUCCGACCUCGCGCUCCCCCACUCUGCUCGCUCUUACAACGCCGUCCUCGCCGCUCUCGUCGCGCACUCGCACCUCCCCCUGGCCCGCUCCCUACUCGCCGACAUGCGCGCCGCCGGAUUCGCCCCCACCGCUGCCACCUACAACGUCCUCCUCAAGGCCCACUGCUCCGACGCUGCCGCUCACAUCAAAGACGCUCUCCGCCUUUUCCGGAACAUCCCCAAGCCAGACGUCUGCUCCUACAAUACCAUCAUCGACGGGCUCUGCCGCCGUGGCCGCCUGGCCGAGGCCCUCGAGAUGUUCUCCGAGAUGGUUGGGAAAUGCAUUGCACCUACCGUUGUUACUUAUACCACUGUUAUCCAUUGGCUCGCAAGGGAGGGUUGCUUUGAUGAUGCGUUAAAGAUAUUUGAUGAAAUGGGGAGGAGAGGGGUCUCGCCUAAUCUGGUCACUUAUAGUUCGCUGGUUGAUGGACUGUGCAAGGGUGGACGCGCCGCAUCAGCGUUAGAAUUGAUGGAUAGGAUGAUCAAGGAGAAGAAGCUAUCAAAUACGAUCACAUAUAGCUCGGUGAUUGAUGGACUCUGUAAGGAGCACAUGCUGAGUGAGGCAAUGGAGGUCUUGGACCGGAUGCGACUACAGGGGCGGAAGCCUGAUGCUGGGUUGUUUGGGAAGCUAAUUGUUGGGCUAUGUGAUGCAGGAAGGGCUGUGGAGGCUGCAAAUUACCUGGAUGAGAUGGUUCUUGCCGGUAUUGAACCGAACCGGGUGACUUGGAGCUUGCAUGCCAGGAUAAACAAUACCGCGCUGACAGCAUUGUGUGCCAAGGGUGAACUUGGUAGGGCUUUUCAGGCCUACCAGAGCACAAGGACUCGCAGUAUUUCUACCGACCCAACCACUUUCCAUCUUCUUGUUGAGAGCUUCUCCAAAAAGAACAUAGAAAAGGCUGCCCAUGUUGUGCUUGACAUGCUGUCAGAGAGAUGCAUCCCUGAGAGGGAGACAUGGGAUGCUAUUAUUAGUGGAUACUGGAGUAAGAAGAAGGUGAGGCAAGAAGCCGAGGAAAUUUGGGACCGGCUAACUGUUAGUUGA